AUGAGUGGAUUUCGAGUUUUAGAUUUGGUGAAACCUUUCAGUCCCUUCUUACCAGAAGUCAUUGCGCCUGAACGUAAAGUUCAAUUCCAACAGCGUGUGAUGUGGACCAUCAUAACUUUGUUGAUUUUCUUAGUGAUGUCGGAAAUCCCAUUGUACGGUAUCGCAUCUAGUGAUUCGAGUGAUCCAUUGUUCUGGUUGAGAAUGAUGUUGGCUUCCAAUAGAGGUACUUUGAUGGAGUUGGGGAUCUCCCCAAUUGUUUCCUCGGGAAUGUUGUUCCAGUUGUUGCAAGGUACAAAAAUCAUCCAUGUUGAUAUGCAAAACAAAAACGAUAGAGAAACCUUCCAAACCGCUCAGAAAUUAUUGGCUAUUUUGUUGGCCGUGGGUCAAGCCACCGUCUAUGUGUUGACAGGAAUGUACGGUCCACCAAGCUCGUUGGGGGUGGGCGUGUGCUUGUUGUUGAUCUUGCAAUUGGUUUUUGCAAGUACCAUUGUCAUCUUGUUGGACGAAUUGUUGCAAAAAGGUUAUGGUUUGGGAAGCGGUGUUUCAUUGUUCACUGCCACCAACACCUGUGAACAAGUGUUUUGGAAAGCAUUUGCUCCAACAACCUCAACUUCCGCCAAGGGAACCGAAUUCGACGGUGCGGUUGUGGCCAUGUUCCACUUGUUGGGAUCAAGAAAGGAUAAAAAGAGAGCUUUGAUCGAAUCCUUCUACAGACAAAACUUGCCAAACAUGUUCCAAUUAUUAGCUACCUUGUUGGUGUUUUUCGCCGUUGUGUACUUGCAAGGAUUCAGAAUCGAAUUGCCAAUGAAAUCAACUAGACAAAGAGGUCCAUACGGGCUGUACCCGAUCAGAUUGUUUUACACCUCCAACAUUCCCAUCAUGUUGGAAAGUGCAUUGGCUUCUAACAUCUUUAUCAUCUCCCAGUUGUUAUUCAUGAGAUGGCCAAAUAACUUGUUUGUCAAAUUGUUAGGUACAUGGGACGCCAGACCCGGGUCGUCUCAAUUAUACGCCAACGGCGGUUUGGCCUACUACAUCCAACCUCCAUUCAACUUUACUGACGCCUUGUUGGACCCCAUCAAGACCACUAUCUAUAUUGCUUUUGUUUUAGGGUCUUGUGCUGUUUUCUCCACCACCUGGAUCGAAAUCAGCGGUACCUCGCCAAGAGAUAUUGCUAAACAAUUCAAAGAACAAGGGUUGGUCAUUGCCGGACACAGAGACACUUCGGCUUACAAGGAAUUAAAGAAAAUCAUUCCUAUUGCUGCUGCUUUUGGUGGUGCUACUAUCGGUGCAUUGUCGGUUAUUUGCGAUUUGAUGGGUACCCUUGGUUCUGGUACUUCUAUUCUUUUGGCUGUAACUACCAUUUACGGGUACUACGAGUUGGCAGUAAAAGAAGGUGGUUUCAACAAGUCAAUUGUUAGUGGAUUUUCCGAUGGCAUUUGA